AUGGUUCAUUAUGUGUAUGUAAAGGAGGGAUAUACAUAUGAAGAAGCCUUAAAAAGGCCUGAUGGAAUUGUAAUUUCGGCUAUAUUUUUGGAAAUAGGAGGGAAUGGCCAUGCAUUGUCAAUUAUAGAAAAAUAUUUGCCGCAAGUAGUUUUAUAUCGUAAGAAAAAUUUAAAAAAUAAAAUUAAAAAUCUCCCUUCAGGUAAGACAGUAAAGAUUCCAAAUUUCAUAGUCGGCUUUUCGAUACCUGAUAAGUGGAAUGAGUAUUACCGUUAUGAUGGAUCUUUCACUAGACCAAACUGUGCAGAAGUUGUUAAUUGGAUUAUUUUGCCUGGACCGGUUCAAUUUACUCAAAAACAAGUAAAAUUUGAUAAAGACCCUUCUCAAAAAAAUUUUUUUUCUCAGCUUGAUUUAUUUCGUAAAAUAGAAGGUCCAAACGGAAAAGCUUUAGGUUCGAAUGUACGUCCAACUCAACCAUUGAACCAACGUCGAGUAGAACACCGUCCGCCAAAUUGCUAAUAAAGAGGAGAAAAUGAGAAGGCAAAAAAUUGUGAAAAACUGUGAUAUCUAUAAAUAAUUUUUGUGUUCUAAAAAAGCUACUUGAAAAUGUUGCAAUAUUUUUUAUAAAAAUAAAUGUUAACAAAUAAAAUUAAAAUUUUAUUAAAAUGUAUUUUAAUAAGCAGUAUUCGACUCAGGAAAAUAUGAUAUACUCUUGUGUUAUCCUCCCCCCAUUUUCCUUUUUUCCCAUUUUGAUCGGCUAUAAUUUUCUAUGUGUAAUCCAAAUCGAAUGAAUCUUAAAUCAUUCGAAAGCACUCGAUAAGCUCUGAUUUUUCUGGACUGUAUG